AGUUACUGACAGUUUGUCAAAAUUUCAUCGGUCACACCGUUUUGUGGCGAUAAAAAAAAGUGAGUAAUAUUCGUCACGUGACCAGUGUAUAUCUCCAAGACUAUCUACAUACUUUUGUUGUUUGUGGUAUAUAACCUUCAUCGUGCUUGACUAAAUAGACCAAUUCACGUCACUUUUAAAUUUUACAAUAAUAAAGUAGACAUUUCUUUCAUAUUAUCUUUAAUUCUUAUAAGUUACAACUCACGUGCGUAGGAACGCAUGUUAAAAUUUUUAACUCAUAAAUCAUAAAAAAAGUAGAUUUCUUAAACUCGUAUAUAUAAGAAGAUGAAAAACAACAAACGGAAGAAUUAAAAAUGUCAACAUAUAUUUUUGACUUAGAGAAUGUUUACUAUUUCUCUUUUUUGAAAUAACUUUUAAAUCUCCAUAAAUUUAUCUCCAUGAAAACUCACAAAAAUUUCCGGAGCAAAUUAUCAUCCGUUUGAAUUAUUGAGCGUUCCUUUUUAUAAUUUUUGAAAUAUUCAUGAUGAGUGACGACGACCGUGAUAUUGAUAUCGAAAGUGAUGAUGGCGAUGACUCUGAUUCUAGGCAGAGACCAUCUAAUAACACGCAAUAUUACUCCCAGGCUGAAAAACGUGCUCAUCACAAUGCUUUGGAGAGAAAACGUCGGGAUCAUAUAAAAGAUAGUUUUUCUAGCCUACGAGAUACAGUACCUUCUCUGCAAGGAGAAAAAGUUGCGAGUAGAGCACAAAUUUUGAAAAAAGCUGCUGAAUAUAUCCAAUUCAUGAGACGUAAAAAUUCUUCACACCAACAAGACAUUGAUGAUUUAAAACGGCAGAAUAUCUUACUAGAAUCACAAAUUCUUACAGUUCGUACAUUAGAAAAAGCAAAAAUAACUGGAAAUUUUGCUGCUGAAUCAUGCGAAGGAACAAAAGUGGAAUCAGUUAAUAUUGGGAAUUACAACGAUUCUGAAUCAGAGUCGACAGACAGUGAAUCGGGCAGAACUAUCCGUCAUCCAAAAAAAUUGAAAAUUUCUAGUAUCAAUCAUUGAUUAAAAUAAAAGAUUUACGUCACAUAAGGUUA